AUGACCGACCCCAAACAAUGGUCGCUUGAAGCUGCAUGGGAAGCGGUCAAGAAGCGUGAUAGCCAGCUUUCUGAUAAAAAGAUCAUCCAAAUCCUCGUUGACCAACUAGUCGAAGUAAGGAACAGAGCUGUCAAUAAGGCCUAUAUUGAUAAAGCGACUACAUACCUUUCCAUGUGGCAGGCCGCAAAGCAAUGCAUCUUGGAUGAAGCUGCCCAAAAUCCAUCUCCUGUGAUCCAUCGCAACUAUGGCCAUUGGCGUAUUUCCUCACGAUCAAAUGGUGUUGUCAACAUCAACAUGUACAGGUCGAAAGAUGACUUGUAG